AUGUGAUUGAGGUCCGCUAGAAGCCAUAAAGUCGCCACCUCAGCUUUCGCAUCACGUGUAUUUCUCCACCUCCCGCUCCACUGCCACCGGUAGGAGGUGGAUUACUGCAACUCCAAGUUCUCUCUCUGUCAAAUUCAAAAAUGGCAAUCUCAACCUCACUCUCCCCUUCUUUCUCUCUGCUUUCCACUUCCAAAACCUACAAUUCAUCUCUCUCCUCAGUCCCCGCUACGUCUCUAUUCUCUCGUUUCCAGCUCCGACCCAGAAUUCCUUUGCUCCGAUGUCAUUUCAAGAACGACACCGUUUCGUUGCUUCCCGGCGUUGGGGAAGACUUGCCUUUGGAUUACGGCGAACGCUUUCCCAAACCGGAUCCCAGGGAUCGCAGAAGAGCCGGCGUGUUGCUCCACCCGACGUCGUUUCAUGGACCUCACGGGAUUGGCGAUCUUGGAGAUGAGGCAUUUCGUUUUAUUGACUGGCUCCACCAAGCUGGUUGCUCCGUUUGGCAGGUUCUUCCUCUUGUUCCUCCAGGGAGGAGGGCUAACGAAGAGGGAUCCCCUUACUCUGGCCAGGAUGCAAAUUGUGGUAACACUCUCUUGAUAUCUCUUGAAGAGCUUGUUAAGGAUGGCUUGUUAAAAAAGGAGGAGCUACCAAAACCAGUGGAGGCUGAACGUGUGAACUUUAUAACUGUGGCUGAGAUGAAGGAAUCUUUAAUAACGAAGGCUGCUGAGAGACUUAUUCAGAGCAAAGGUGAUCUUAAAAAUCAGCUUGAAGAUUUUCGUAGUGAUCCUGAUAUAUCAAGCUGGCUUGAAGAUGCAGCUUACUUUGCUGCAAUUGACAACAUCCAAAAUACUUUCAGUUGGUAUCUGUGGCCUGAACCUUUAAAAAAUCGCCAUCUUACAGCCUUGGAGAACAUCUACCAGAACGAAAAGAAUUUUAUUGAUGUAUUCAUUGCUCAGCAAUUUUUAUUCCAAAGGCAAUGGCAGAAAGUUUGCAAGUAUGCUCAGAGUAAGGGAGUUAGCAUUAUGGGAGAUAUGCCCAUUUAUGUUGGUUAUCAUAGUGCUGACGUUUGGGCCAAUAGGAAACAAUUUUUGCUUAACAGAAAUGGUUUUCCUCUUCUAGUUAGUGGUGUUCCUCCUGAUGCCUUCAGUGAAACUGGUCAGCUGUGGGACAGCCCUCUUUAUAAUUGGAAAGCCAUGGAGAAAGAUGGAUUUUCAUGGUGGAUACGUCGCUUACGACGUGCACAGGAUCUAUAUGAUGAAUUUAGGAUAGACCACUUCAGAGGAUUUGCUGGUUUCUGGGCUGUUCCUUCUGAGGCAAAAAUUGCAAUGGUUGGACGAUGGAAGGCAGGACCUGGUAAAUCCUUGUUUGAUGCGAUCUCUGGAGCAGUUGGAAAGAUUAAUAUAAUAGCUGAAGAUUUGGGGGUUAUAACUGAGGAUGUGAUUGAACUUAGGAAAUCCAUUGGGGCACCUGGAAUGGCCGUCCUCCAGUUUGGUUUUGGAAGUGAUGCUGCUAAUCCUCAUUUACCCCAUAAUCAUGAGAGAAAUCAAGUUGUGUACACUGGGACUCAUGAUAAUGACACAAUCUGUGGCUGGUGGAAUGUUUUGCCGGAAGAAGAGAAGUCCAAUGUGCGGAAGUAUCUUUCAAUUACAAAUGAAGAUGAUAUCUCAUGGGAACUCAUCAAAGCAGCAUUAUCUUCAGUGGCCCAAACCACUAUAAUACCCAUGCAGGAUAUUCUUAGGCUGGGGAAUUCUUCAAGGAUGAACAUUCCAGCAACUCAGUUUGGUAAUUGGAGUUGGAGGAUACCAAGUUCCACAAACUUUGAUAAGUUGGAGAAUGAAACCUCAGCACUGAAGGAUAUGCUGUCAUUGUAUGGAAGACUCUAAGUCGAGCAACUGGGAAUUCUUCGACCUUAUAUCCAAGGUUUGGUUUUUGGGACUAUAAGUCGAGCAACUGGGAAUCCUUGGUCCUUGUAGCCAAGGUUUGGUUUUGGCAGGGUAGCGUAAUAAAAGAAUAUUAGUACGAGGUACUGUCCUUGGAUUGUUGUUAAAUAAACAUAACAGACUAGAAGUUUUUUAAUUAUGGUGAUUCAUGUUGAAGCCAGUUUUAAGUAAAAUAAAAUGGUUUGUCCUUUUUAUUUGUUGAA